AUGAUGAGCAGCUCAUCCAGCCCAGCUGAGUUCUACGGGGACAGCACCUCCCUCCUGUCCAUAGACUCCAGCGUCUUCUACAGCGAGCCCCCUCCUGUCUGUGGCGACCCACUGGACGUCUUCACCAUCAAUGUGGGUGGCAGCCGCUACGUUCUCUCCCAGGAGCUGCUGGCAUCCCACCCAGAAACCCGGCUGGGCAAGCUGGCCCUGUCCACACGGGACUCUGCCCUAGAGCUCUGCGACGACACUGACUUCCUGGAGAAUGAGUUCUUCUUCGACCGCAACUCACAGACCUUCCAGUAUGUGAUAAACUUCUACCGCACAGGCCACCUGCAUGUCAGGGAGGAGCUUUGCGUGCUCUCCUUCCUCCAGGAGAUUGAGUACUGGGGCAUCGACGAGCUCUGCAUCGAUCCCUGCUGCCGGGGACGCUACUACCGCCGCAAGGAGCUCAAGGAGAGCCUGGACAUGCGGAACGAGGCUGAGGCUGACGAAAGCCAGGACGAAGACUUCAACGACGCCGCGUGCCCAGAUCUCCGCCGGCGCCUGUGGGACCUGCUGGAGAAGCCAGAGUCUUCACGAGCGGCACGCGCCUUCGGCACGCUGUCAAUCAUCUUCGUGGCGGUAUCCAUUGUCAACAUUGUGCUCAUCUCGCUGGACCUGGGGGAUGUGGGUGGGAACGGGAUCGGUGACGAGAGUGGGGGCAGUGACGGGGGUACACCUUUCUUCGUGGACGCACUGGAAUAUGUGUGCGUGGUGUGGUUCACUGGCGAGCUGGUGCUACGCUUCAUCUGCGUACGCAACAAGUGCCGCUUCACCCGUAGCGUUCCCAAUGUGAUCGACCUGCUAGCCAUCCUGCCCUUCUAUGUGACUCUGGCAGUUGAGAUUCUGCACGGUGGCUCUACUGAGCUGGAGAACAUGGGCCGCGUGGUGCAGUUGCUCAGGCUCAUGAGGUCCCUGCGCAUGCUCAAACUGGGACGCCACUCCACAGGACUCAAGUCCCUGGGCCUGACCAUUGCCCAGUGCUACGAGGAGGUGGGUCUCCUGCUCCUCUUCCUCUCUGUGGGCAUCUCCAUCUUCGCCACGGUGGAGUUCGCCCUGGAGCAUGACAUCCCCGGUACCUCCUUCAGCAGCGUGCCGUGUGCCUGGUGGUGGGCCACCACCUCCAUGACCACGGUGGGCUACGGAGACAUCCGCCCCGACACCACCCUGGGCAAGGUGCUGGCCUUUCUCUGCAUCUUGUCUGGAAUCCUCAUCUUGGCACUGCCCAUUGCUAUCAUCAACGACCGCUUCUCUGCCUGCUACUUCACUCUCAAGAUGAAGGAGGCGGCGCUGCGGCACGGGGAGGCGCUCAAGAGGCUGGCGCGGGGUUCGCUGAGUGACUCGGAGGUGGGUGGGGCAGCAAGGGGAGGAGGGGUGAACCUGAGAGAUGUUUACGCCAGGAGUGUGACGGAGAUGCUGAAGCUGCAGGGGAGGGAGAGGGCCAGCACACGGAGUAGUGGAGGGGGUGAGCUCUGGUGGUAGUGUGGAAGACGGACCACAAGGGCAGCUGUGGAGAAAAAGCUAUGGAAAAAGUUAAGUCAAUUGGGUUAAAGAAGGAAUCUGCAGUUGGGGGAAACAACACUAUUGGCUGCUCCACCACUGUUGUUUUUGUUGCUGAGCUGAGGAGCAUCGCGAAUCGUGGUAAAUAUUUUAAUCGGUUCAUACUGUGCUCUUUUAUCGCACGUGCAAUGAUGUCAGAGGGGGAAAAACAUUGGAAGCGGACGUGGUUGUUUCACCAUUAAGGAUUCCAGCUUUAGGAAUACCAUCAGAAUAUGACAACAGUGUGUACAAUGUAUAGGACAUAUCUAAAGGAUGAUGGGGGGACAAUUACUUAAAUGUCACCUGAAAGAUUUGCCACAACUUUCAUGUCUAACCUUUUUCGGUGUUGUUUCCUGACACAACUGUUGCAUGUUCUGCCUCCUCUGUAUGUGACACAUGACCAUCUGAUCAUUUAUCACUCCAGUGUUCAUCUGCAAAAUUGUAAUUAUUCGCCUACCUCCUCAUGCCUUUUGCACACAAUGUAUACCGACUAUUUUUUUCUACUGUGUUAUUGACUUGUUUAUUGUUUACUCCAUGUGUAACUCUGUGUUGUUGUCUGUUCACACUGCUAUGCUUUAUCUUGGCCAGGUCGCAGUUGUAAAUGAGAACUACUAGCCUACCUGGUUAAAUAAAGGUUAAAUAAAAAAAUAAAAAAUUUAAGUGUCACAUAGACGGGAUGUACAGUAUAGACUGAAUUAUAGACUGAAUUAUAUUGUGUUUGAUAUUUCUAAACUUCUCUCCACUGAAAGAUGCAGUAUGUUGUGGUGUAUAGAAAAACAUGAUUUCAUUGGAGAGCAAUAAACAGAUUGGACUUCUUCUUCACCCCGGUCUCUUUUACCUGCGGGGUCAUUGUGAAAUACCUGAAGGGCGCUGGGAGGAGGAGUCUCCGAGUCAAGUCUGUAUGCAGAGCACACACAAAUAUCCUGAACUGGUUCAAGUCAUUCCACAGGGUAGGUUUAACAGAGCAAAUGAAAUGUGGCCAUACUUUAUCAAUCAUAUAACAUCAGUGAUACUAUUGAGGCCUGUAUAGCAUUUUGGAGGUCAUCAAAACCUAUUGUUUGAACUAAAUAUAGACAAAUAUAGGCUGAGGGUUUCAAGCUGUGAUUGAUUUCAAAUGGAAUUUUGAUAAUAAUAUAAUUACAAUAUAUGUUGGAUUCAGGUCUGUGGAGAUCUUCACAAUUGCUGUAAUAAUCUGUUCAGAAUCUCAAAAAGAUCUGACCACUUGCACCAUGUAUUUAAAUCAUCUCAAUUGCAAUCCAGGUCAUUU